AUGAGCCACACUUGGGAGGAAUCUUCAGACCAGUGCGAGCUGGCAUUGGUGUCUGAGGCUUCUAUCCAGAAAGAGGAAGAUCUGCAAUCGGUGUGUGAAGUGGCUGCCCACGUGUUCAGUGAUGGAGUAACAAACUGGGGUCGAGUGGUGACGCUCAUCUCGUUUGGUGCCUUUGUUGCGAAACACCUGAAGAGCAUAAACCAGGAGAAGUGCAUCAGCUCGCUGGCAGGGAUCAUCACGGAUGCGCUUGUCUCAUCUAAGCGCGAGUGGCUAAUGAGCCAGGGAGGCUGGGAGGGCUUCGUUGACUUCUUUCGAGUCGAGGACCUAGAAAGCAGCAUCAGAAACUUGCUGAUGGCGUUUGCAGGCGUGGCUGGACUGGGGGCGAGCUUGGCCUACAUGAUCCGGUGAGCCAGGGUAUGCUGCAGAGGGACAAAACUCUGGGUGGACCGGCUCUGUUUGGGGCUGGCGAGCUGAUCACUUCCUCCUGGGAGUACUUGGGACGCUGGACUUAAAUGACCCAAGGAGAAUAUCUAGGCAUCCCCUGAGCAAUUCUUCCCUAAGAAGGAAGGCGCGAUCCAGUCAGAUUGUGGGUACCAAUGAGGAUUUAUUGCUUUGGGAACACAGAGUGGAAGAAUUGAUAUUCUGCUUCCUUCAAGAGGAUGAUGACAGAAAGCUCAAGUGGACUGCUUCAGUUUUAUCCUGGAGGGAACUGAUCCGCUUAGCAGCGAGCCACUGAGCACCAGCAGCUCUUGUCUGGACUGAAGGCUGGAGCAGAUGUUUCAGGGCUGUGGUUGUGGGUUUCUGGAAAUAGCAUCUGCUGCUGCUGGUGUCCUGCCUAAACUUGUGGCUUUUCUGUUGGAGCAGUGGCACUGAAUGCUGGGCGUUGUGUGAGCCUGCGCCUGCCCCCAGGUGUGCUGGUGAGCGGGCGUUCAGCUGCUGCUGGCUCUGCCCGCAUCCGCCCUCCGGAAGCAGCAGUGCCGCCGCAGCAGUCAAGACGUGCAACCCGCUGCCAGAGCAUGGGGGGGCUGGAGCCCUGCCCCGCGUGUCCCCUUCCCUCCCAGCGGGGCUUCAGCCAGGUCACUGAGCAGGCAGAGGAGCGAUGGGGUGGCGGGGGCGAGGCAGGGCUUGGGGCAGGAACCACCGCCAGCUGCGGCGCGGCUGCGCUGGCCUGUCUGGCUGAUCGCGGCUACACCGAUGCGACUCGCCACACACAGGCAGUUUAAAAAUAGGGAGUGCAUUUGUAAGUAUGUAAAACCCCCCUGUGGGGUGGGGAGGCUUUAGAGAACCUGUAAAUAUCGAUAAGUCUGUAGAAUAUGUACAUUUUUACAGAGCUAAUGAUACAAAAAGGGGGAAUUUUGAAUGUGAUAGAACUGCUUAUGGGUGCGCUGUACUUCAUUCCUCACGUGAAGUAGCAUUCCUCUAUGAAGUAGCAUUCUCCUGCCUUGACUCCAAGUGAGCCUUUCUCUCAUGUACUUGAGCAACAUUGCCAGGGAGCAUAGCGAGGAUCAGUGGCCUGGUGGACUCAUUGUGCCUGCAGCUUGCUGGCAACAGUUGAUGUUUCUGUUUAUUUUAAUCUUUUUGGUUUUUCUAGUCCUUCUAGCGGGUGGGGAGCUGUGCGAGUUGGUAUCGGCCCCUUCCUCCUCUUCCUUUCAUUUUGAUGCUCUAAGCCAUGACUCGAACGAAGCUGAUUUUUGAAUGUAAAUGUUACGGAGCAGAAUAAAACUCGUCGGCUCAGAUCUGCAGCUCGUGCGAGUCUGUCGGUGCCAGCCCUGGGCUUGGUCCCUGGUCCCCAGCUGAAAGCAUUGCUUCUCGGUGCUUGAGGGAUGCCUGAUGGAAACCCAAGCGGAGAGCUGAACGGUGGUGCUAUUGUCAGGCCUGCUUGUUUGCCGAACAAGCACCUUUGUCAAUAAAUGACUUUUUUUGUUCUCAA